AUGGCAUGGCAGUUUGCCUACUAUAACCCCAACUGCUACCUCCUGGGGGUCUAUGAGAGGGAAAUAUGGGCUCAACCUGCACAAGGUGUAGCAGCAGCAGCUGUCACCCACUUUUGUGAAGGAGCUCAAGACUUCAUGGAUCUGAGGCUCAGAGGUGACCUGAACUUCUGGGGCGAUGUGAACCAAGUAGGUGGGAUGAACCACAACAGAGGCGACGGGAACCGUGCAGGCCUUGAAAGGCACCAGGACCAGGGACAGCGGCAGCCCCAGGAGCCAGUGCCCUUGGCUGCCACAGGUGCCCAGCCCCCAUCCACGAGUCGGCGUUACAAGCUGAAGCGUUGGCAGCUGCGUGAACUGGAAAGGGUUUUCCAAGAAAAUCAGUACCCUGAUGUGCUCACCAGAAGAGAGCUUGCAAGAACCAUCAAUGUGACUGACGUCAAAGUGAAGAAUUGGUUUAACAAUAGGAGAGCCAAAUAUAGGAAAACUGUGAAGAAACCAAUGACCAGAGGUGUGCGAAAUGUUGGCCAGCCAGAUGAUUCUCCCAUGAG